AUGGAUCAUCGUAAAACAUUCCCAAUUCUACUGCUGCUGUGGGGGAGUCUACAAGGAGAGGGGAAGCUAUCCCCGCGGGUAAUCUCACUUCAGCAGGUAAUGUUCAGUGAACUACAGACAAUAGAAAAAAGUGCCUUCAUUACACAUCCUUUGCAUGCAACAUCAAAUGCAAAUGCUUUGAGCCGAUUGCGAAGUGUUUUCCACGAAUUCGAGCGACAAAAUCAGGAAAGUAUCACAGCCAUUCUAAGGGUGCUAGCAUUGGUUGAUCAUACGCUAGAAAACACGAUACAAGACUGCGAGAAAGUGUUUCAUCUUCCGUCGCUGGACAGCGAGAAUGUUCUGUUCCGCGACGUCUCUCGGCCGUUGCUACUGCGUGUGGAAUUGCUUUGCCAGCACGUGGCCUCAGGAGACUUGAGCGAGGUAGAAGCGACGAUGGUGGCAGUUGAGCAGGAAGCAAAUAGCUAUCGUCAACGGCUAGAUGAAACAAAACGCUACAUGCAGAUUGUUUUGCACGAAGUGAGCAACAUCGAGGAAACUUCCACUAUAUCGAGUAAAAUUGAUAAGAUAUUCGAUGAAAUAGAGCCGCUAAAUUCAACAUUUCGUGAAUCGAUUAUGGCUGCUACCGGAAACCUGCUUCCUAGACAACAGGCAGUCUGUGACGAAAUUCUCGAAGUCUUUCGAGACACAAUCGAUGAAGCCGAUGUUUUUGAGGUUAUUACCGAUUUUGCGAUGUUUCUGAGCAAUGAAACGGAACUGUUGGUAGAGGAUCUAACCGAGCAGCUUGACGAAUGGGUCUUUCAAACAUCGAACAUGAUCAACGCUUUUGAAGAAGGUUUGAAAAACAUAACAUUCGAACUGAUUGAUUCUCCAAUCGAAAGCUUUCUACAAAAUGAAAGUUCCCUCAAAUGUUUAGCAGAGCUUGGUAACCACAAAGCUAUGCACAAAAUGACACAAACUGCGGAAAGCAUGUUGCAAUGCUUCAGUAUUGCAAAUGACCCCAAGCGUCCACUUGAAAUGGUGUAUCAUCAGCUAGGCGAAAUGGCCGAUGAAGUUCAGCUUACGUUGCAAGAUAUUGUACACUGUCAUCAAAGCACUUUGCGUGAUGAUUAUGAUGCAAAGAUUUUUGAAGAUAUGGCGAGCUGCUUCGAAAUGACACAAUUGACUUUAGAAGCGAUGGAAACAUUUGUGGAGUCUAAAAUGGAUGGAAUCUUAUUGAACGUCGAUACUACGAUGUACUACAAUGUGCUUAAAAUGGCGACUUGCUUUUAUUAUAGAGCCCGUGAAACAAUGUUUGCCUUUGCUUCUAUCAAUCAUCAGUAUCAAACGUGCAACGUGGCAAAAAAUAUAGAAUUAUAA